AAGGUCUAGGUUUGUCAACUCUACUGACCAACCAUGAACACUAUAUAAACCCAUCCCUUCCUAUUUUCUUUUCACUCUUCCUUCCUUCUUCAUUCAGUCUUUCUAUCAACUCCUCCUCGUCACCAAUGUCCAAGCUCCACGACCAGUGGGUUUCCAUGGCCAUCGCCGACGACAGCCUCGUCGCACACCAGCUCCUUCUUCUCCGCUGCCACCACCUCUCCUCCGUCAACCCCUGGACGUGCCGUCAGCGCCGAACCACCAGGCUUCCUGCUGCCGCUGCCCGUGCCAGUCCCACCAACUCCCUUGACGGCUUCGAAGGUUCCACUCGCCCAAUCGCACCAAUGCGAUCCUCAGAGCCUAAGCCUUUGGAUAAAACUGCAACUUUCCCUGAUAACAGUAAAAGUUCUUCUUCAAAGAAGAAAAGAACUAUCUCUCAGCUACGACGAGUGGAACAAGAGAAGAAAGAGGAAGGGAAGAAUUUAAGAGACGAGCUAGAAGCCACAUAUCUCAAAUAUGAUAGAAGAAGAGCAGAAGGCGAAAGGUUAAAGAAAACAAAGGAGGAGUUGUUGUCUCGGCGUUACUUAGAAACGGAUGUAUCAAACAUAGACCGGACAGAAGAUCAUAUUGUUGAGAACGAAUCAGCUGCUUCCGAGGAUGGAAAGAGCGGUGGCCAGCAACCUCGAAUAUUCUUACCCGAUCUGAAUGAAGCUCCGGUGGAGGAUUUCACAGAAUUUGUUGGGUUUAACCAAUAGGGAGUAUUCUUGAAAUUUAUACUCUUAUUCAAAUAUUCUUCUGGGCAAUCUCUUCUUUACAUAGAUAUUUACUGAGAAGUAGCAGUUACUUGUUGUAUACACAUAAGAUAGUUCAAGGAAUUUUGUUCUUGUACCAAGUUUGUUUACCUCUUAUAUCAUUCUUAUGAGUUAUUGUUCA